AUGUGGGCAAUGUGGAAACAGGGAGGAGGGAAGAAAAAGGGAUUAGAAGAUACAUUUCUUACAAUCGAGUUUUGUUGUCUUGUCUUUAUUCUCGAUCCUGAUGGAAAAACAUCUUUUGGUAUCAUCACCAAAUCUGAUUUCAAGAAUGCAUGGCACUUAUUAGAAUUACAUUAUUCACAACUUUACUGUCAUUUCACAUGGUUGUUGUGUGGAUGGAGAGGGAAGAUUGAAAAGUCUUUCACUUGGAUCAUUGCUAAUUUAAAACACCCACUUUUAUGCACAUUAUGA